CCCCCCCCCUUCACCAUGACGUCCACCAACCAGCUGCUGGGUAUGGCUGAGGGGAGCCUGAGGUGUGACCAGGAGAUUGAGAGGAGAUAUGAGAUCGUUCCCUCAGUGGUCUGCUCCAUGUGCUGCCUCUUUGGAAUCAUCUACUGCUUCUUUGGCUAUCGAUGCUUUAAGGCCGUGUUGUUCCUCACCGGCCUGAUGUUCGGCUCUGUGGUCAUCUUCAUGUUGUGCUACAAGGAGAGGGUGAUGGACACUCAGCUGAGCGUGGAGGCCUCGGUGGGCAUCGGCCUGGGGAUCGGCACCCUGUGUGGCCUGGUGACCAUGCUGGUCCGCAGCGUGGGACUGUUUAUGGUGGGCCUCCUUCUGGGCCUGCUGGUAGGAGUGGCUUCACUGGUGGCCAUGGAGGAGUUCUACCACCCCAGGACCGUGUGGGUUCCUCUGGGUAUUCUCCUGGGCUCCGGGACGCUAUUCGCCGUGCUCACUCUUCAGUGGCAGCGCUGUUUCGUCACGCUCUCCACCGCCACCUUCGGCUCUGCAGUAAUCACCGUCACCGUGGACUACUUCAUAGAGCUGUUCGCCUUGGUGCACUACGUCUACGAGAGACUCCGGGUGGCGCCAAAGAAGCCAGUGUGCUGGUUUACCUGGAUCAUCUUGGGGGUGUGGCCUGUCUUGGCCCUCCUCGGAGUGCUGAUCCAAUGGAAAGUGACCGCCGAGGGAUUCUCUCACACGGAGGUGGUUCUGAGUCGACAGCAACGGAGAGUUCAGCUGAUGCGGAUCCGACAGCGGGAAGAGAGGCUGAAAAAGGAGAAGGAGAACAAAAAGAAGAAAAAACGAGAGAACCAGAAGACCAACCACAAGCAGAAAGCCCACCCCCAUCACCACCACCACCACCACCAGCAGUACCAUCACCCUGCCGCAUCCCACCCUCAUCACCAAGCCCAGAGCACCCAGCCACCCAAAAUCCCCCCUCCUCAGCCCGAACCGGGCCACCAACGCAAGACCAACUCCAAAAGGCGCUUCGAUGGAGAUGUUCUGUCCCCGAGCUACAUCAAGAGCUUCAGGGAGCGACAGACGGACCGACGGGCCUACUCCGGCAGCCGCAUGAUGAGCCGCUCCCGCAUGGCCGAGCUCGACUACGACUGCGGCUCCCGGGUGCCCCUCACGGCUCCCAGCGGACCCCCGGUCCACAUCUGAGACGCGGGAGUGAACACACGCGUCGCCCUGACCGCACACACACGAUUACACAAGGUCGCUUCCAACCUCUUUGUCACUGGUAAGGAUCCCCCCAAACCCAACCCUGGGUGCCAACCGUAUCAUGUGCUCAGAAGGUGGUGAGUCACACACUGGUUUUCUCCUCCUGGACAACAUUUUUUUUGGACCAGUUUGGUUCUGUUGUGUUGGUUACAACUAUCAACACACAAGAGCAGUGUCCUGUCGGACGGAGCCAGAACUGUACGCUUGGCCAGGGCUCAAACACAGUCAUCACUUAUUGUAUUAGGCGUAAAAACCAUGUUUUUACAUUUUCUGGUUCUGGAGGACAUUGGGAAUAACGGAGAAUAACCAUUUCAGAUGUUUCAAAAAGCAUCUCAAGGCAUCCAUGGACUCAAGGUGGCACAAUCUUUACUUAACCUCCCGCGACAAUCUUUAGUUGAAGGGAAGUUGAGGAAACGAUUUGCCUCAAGGAUCCCCAUUAAGAGCGCUCCGUGGAAUAUGACAGAAAAACAACAACAAAAAACACUGCUAACACUGAAACAGCAAAGUGGCUCUUUUUCAUUAUUUUCUCCACUGAAAGGUCAGCCUGUGAAAGGAGGCGUACACAAAGUGCUCCGUGUUAUCUUCGCUGACAGCCUGUGAAUCCAGAAACGGCAACGCACGUCUUCUGCUGCUUCAAACUGCAGGAGAGGAACUUAUUUUAGGUUAACACCUAAAUCCAAUUUUAUGUUAUUUCAGCCAUAAGCACUCCAUGCGCCACUGCCUACAUUUAUGCCAUCUUCCCUUUUGAAUGUGCUUGCAUCUCAUCAUUCUCCUUUUCGGGGACCCAAUUGGUGACGUAGUUACACUUCUUUUUUCAAAGCUACUGUAUGUGACGUUGGCGUGAAAGCUCACGCGUCCCUUUUCCUCUACUUUAUUAUUCAUUUGUCAGUUCUCUCAGUAUGAUGUUAAAGCACAAAGAUCUGAUACUUGCCAUUCAGGAAUAAGCCUAGAAUUUAGAGUUUAAAGGGCAGGGGGGAAAUACCUGGCAGUGAAAAAGUUAAAUCUUGCACCACACAUCGGCAGUAGAGGUAGUAGAGGGGGAUUCGUGGAGCUGUUUGUCUUCUUUUUUUUUGCAUGUGUGCUGGUCCUGUUUGAGAGCCAGUAUACUUGCAUAUGUAAAUGUUAUAGUUUGUGUUAACUGAUCUCAUGUAAAUGAAGAAACAUAACUAAAAGAUGAAAUCAUUUGCAAAUAGCGUCCUGCUGUUGUUGUUAACUGCUGGACCUUUCUUUUUUUUUGUGUGCAUAUGUUUGUGCGUUACAUGCAUUUGCGUGUGGGAGGCUUUUGAAGCCAAACAAGCUCCGGGCAUUAAUGUUGUUGUGCCAAACAUCCGGAGAGUUAGGUUUGUAAAAGCUGCAUUGUCAGUAUAAGGGAAAUGUUUCUUGUUUUAUUUGAGCCUCUGGAGUUAAACUACCCUACGUCCUCCCAAUAAACACCAACUUUUGGGAGAAACCAUGAGAGUUAGAUGAACAAAAAGAUUCCACAGAACUGUUCUUGAAUACUGAAUAUGUGCUUGGCACCAGGACAAAUCCUUCUCACCUGACUCCAUUACUGCAUGAGAAUCCCUGUGUAACAGUCUCCUUUAUGUCGGUGUUUCAGCGUGUCACUGUUGUCAUGUGAAAACCUCAGAUUUACAUUUGCAAUUUGUUGGUCCCACAAAACAAUCCACACCGAGUGAUGAAAUAGACUCUUCUGCCAGCAUCUUCUCUUCUUUUUCCCCUACUCUUGAAAUGCAUUAUGCUGAGUCACCCUUCUAUUCUGCCGUAUCAUUGUUAUGCCAACAAUAUUUUGCAGUAGUGACUGUACAAGUGUUUUUUGUGGUUUUGCUCGCGCUGCGGUCCCGGUUCGGUCUUCUUUUGGGGUUUCACCCUCAUCGUUAAUCUAACAUUUUAGAAUCUUUUUUAAAAUUUUAAUUCAUUUCUGUGACCAUCACAGAAAAUCUGUUGAAGAAACACUUGUAGAUAUUGAACUGUAAAUAAUUUUCAAAUGUGCAGCUUUCUCUUAACUUUCAUGUUUAUACCAUGACCACUGCUGUCAUCUAUUGUGCAGAUUGGACCUGUUUUUUAUCGUGGUUAAUGUACGUCCUAUUGGUUUCAUUUGGCUGGGUGGUGGAUGCACUUGUAUCGUUUUCAUCUUGUUGUUUCAAUGUGUGAUGUGGAAGAACAGCCGCAACGGAUUAUCAGCAGCCAUCACUAAUUCAAUAAUUGCUCCAAAUCGCAAGCGGAGACGCCAAUUCAUUUUCUCACCACCCUGUUUAUUUUAUUAUUAUUAACAACCCUGUAACUAUUAUUAUUGAUAGCAUGAAUUUAUAUGGAACUACAAUAUGAUAAACAUUGUGAUUCUACAAUCUAA